CUCUGAACAGCACUGUGUGUACAUACAUCUUUAACGUCACAUGACUCACUCAUUCACUCGCAGAUAAAAUUUGUGUUCUUAGCUUAACCGAGAAACCAUGAAACUCACCAUUUUGGGCCUCUGCGCCGCGUUCACCGUUACUAUCGUGCUGGGUGACCUCAGCUUUGUGGACGUGGAAUCGGAUUUGCGGUGGAAGAAUCGCAAUCUCUUGCAGGAGGACGAUGAGUCGCCGGAGGAACGCCCAGAACGCCCCGUGGAGCCCAAGGCACCUCAACCCGAGUCGAGCUUUUCCAAUGAGCCGCAAAAGGGACCUAAAGUUUUCUAUGACGGCGAAAACUUCCUCAUGAAGGUUUCGCCCGGAAUCGAGAUUUAUGUCUUUGAAAAUGGCAAUAACAAGAGCUCGCACGUGUCCAAAGUGAUCUUGGACAAGCCCGCGGCUUCAGUCAAGGGUGGCUUUGAGAGUGCCAUGAAGAAUUUCGACGUGACCAUCGACUUCAAAGGUCAGACCUUUGGCGGUGAAGGCAGUAUCCAAUUGAGCUCGGUGAUUGUCAAGAUGUCGUUUGUCAAGAAACCCAAAGAAUUCGCCAUGACCCGCAUGGAGAUCUCGCAAGCCACGAUUGGUUCAACUAAUGUGAUGGGAAAUGAGCUAUCGGUGUCAAGUUCUAAUGGCUAUUCAGUAUACGCUCCCUUGGACUCUGGCUUUUGUUGCGAUUACACGGGCGUGUUCAAGCCGAAGAAGCGAGGAGAGGGCAAAUAUAGCUUGGCUUUGGGUUUGCCUGGGUUGAAGAUGCAAGUUUUCGAUGUCAAAAGCACUAAAUUCGGCCCAUCUUGGUAUUGUGGCGAGCUGAUUAGCAUCGGUUUGUGGGUGGGUUUGUUGACCACUCUAGGUUUCGCUAUUGUGUGUUAUUGGGGAUUCGGGAUGUUGGCCAGUAUUCAGACCAUGGACCGUUUUGAUGAUCCCAAAGGCAAACCCAUUCAUGUGCCUCAGACAGAGUGAAUCUAGCAUUUGUCAUAUUUAUGCAUUUUUCAUGCACCAACCUCGAUUAUUCUUGCUUGAGUCGCCGCCUGUCCUUGUUGUGAGAUCCUCACUUUUAAGUGUCAUUCCGUCAGCCGUUUAUAGGUGAAUUUGAUUAGAUUAGAAGAAACGUAUGAGUGAGGUUGGAUUUUGUCUCUCAGGAAUGACUGUUUUUGGAUUAAUAAAAACGAUCAGACCUUUCCAACAAGGCUGGAACUACU